AUGGCGGGUGUCGUCGAUGACGCAGAAGAUGAUUACCUGUCCGAAACGCCUGGCAGUUCGCCGACAUCGACAGGAGAAAUAACGAACACAAAACCUCAGACAGCGAAUGAUUCCAGGCAGACUGGCUCUCUAAAGAGACAUUUCUCUACCACAUUCAACAGAAUAUUCAAGGCUAAAUCUUCUUCUAGUAGCUCGAUUGAAAUGGCAGAUGUACAGAUUGAUGUAGAUACAGAAGAUGAUCUAUGUACAGACGAGAGCUCCGAGUCUGACUAUACCACAGACGAAGACGCCAUGACGUCAUGGAAUAGUAUGGAAGGACACACAAACCUUCAGUUCAUGUUUGAUAAUCAGUGCCACCUAGACACUUUACAACCGGAAGUAGUUUUAUCGUUUCCCAGCAACAGCAAGAAAAAGAUCGGUAGCCUUAGUGACGCGAGCGAUGUCUUGUAUAUCGGUGAUGGGAGGAGCCUUGUUGUCGACAUGAUAAGUAAUCAAGUGCUACAUUUCAACAAACGUGGGGUGUCAUCAGUUGCAUAUAGAACCGAGCACAUGAUUGAACCCUGGGCUGUAGCGGUCAACACAGAGGACGUGAUUCACGUCACGUCAAGGAAAAGUAAAUGUGUCACAAGAAUCUUAAAAAAUGGAGAAAUCAAAACUCCAAUUAAAAACAUACGUUUUUCGAAACCAUCUGGCGUCGCUAUUGGUAAAAACGAUAAACUUUUUGUGACCGAUGUAACAUCAAAUGUGCUUACUGCUCACGAAGCUGACGGCACGUUUAUUUCGACUAUUGGCUGUAGUAUGUCACCAUUGCAAAUUCUGGACAAACCUAGAUACGUCACGGUCGCCCCUAACAACGAUAUCAUUGUGUGCGAUUCCGGAAAUCAUUCUCUCAAAGUGUUUGAUUCGGAAGGUAAUUUCGUACAAAAAAUCGGGGAGCGCGGGAAAGGCGAGGGGCAACUUAAAUGCCCGUAUGGAGUAUGCACAGACAUUUUUGGAAACAUUAUUGUUGCGGACCAUUACAAUGACAGAGUUUCGUUUUUUUCAAAGAGCGGACAAUUCAUACGUCACCUUGUGACGUCAAUUGAUAAACUGGUACAUCCGCAAGGUGUAUGCAUAACGUCUAACUUCAGAUUGCUCGUUACACAUGGUGGCCUCAAGGCGAACGAAGUUUUGGUGUAUGACCUGAGGAAUAAUAAGUCGGACACCUCCUCAUUGGAUACAGUAGUGUUAGUUUGA